AUGGGUGCUUUAUCAAUUACAGUGCUAUUAAAUGAGUUACUUGCAAUGAGUUUUGACAUUCCCAAAUUUUUAGUUAAAGAAAAACUCUUAGUUCCAGUUUUCAAUUAUUUUGUUCAUUCAGCUCAUGAUUUUGUAACAGCAGCAGGCUACAACUUCCUUUGUGAAAUGUUUUUAAUGAAUGAUUCUUUCUCAUUUGGUCCUGUUGAUGAAAUUUUUGCUUUUGCAUUAUCUGUUGUUGCUUCUUCUAAUGUUUCUGCCUCUCUUCUACGUCUUGAGUCUUUAUUGAUAAUGUUAAGAAUGAUGAUGAGGCAAAAAAAGCAAUUAGAAUAUAUCAAGAAAUUAUUAUUAACAUAUGAGGAUCAAAUAUUUGUUGCAUUCCAACGCAAAUAG